GGCGCUGAGCCGAGCCGGGGAGAGUGUGGUGAGGUUCUUGGCGCUGCCGGGCGGCGUAUGGCGGCCGAGCUGGGUCAGUCCGGUAGCCGCGGUCUCAGAGCGUCUCUCCUUUGUUGACUGGGGUGGAACCAGCUACGGCGAGCAGCGAGGCCCAGAGGCAGGUACUCGGAGUGCUGUGUCAUGUCACCGUGCGGUCCGCUCUUUCUCCCAUGACUGCCUCACCAGCGCACCCUGGCAGAAUCGCUACUGCCCUAACUCAGCAGUUUCUGUUCAGGUAGGGCUGCAGCGGCGUCAGUGCCAUAGGAACCUUCGCAUCUGUAGUCAGGAGCAAAGACCCCUUGUUCCAAGGCUUGUGGCUUUUAAUUUCUCUCUCUCUCUCUCUCUUUUUUUAAUUGAAUUUUAAAUAAUAAAUAAUAAAAGCACAGCUUCUCCUUGGAGAUUACUCUUAUCUAUUGAGUGCCACGGUGUAACGGAAACUAUACAAAACAUAGAGGAAAACCUGGUGCCUGCUCCAAAGAGCUUACAAUCAACAGGACAGACAUGUUUCACUGCAAAUGUUUAAAAUAUAUAACGUUGUAACUGCUGGGAUCUGGUGCCAUGGUGAAAUGGCUAAAAUACAGGACUGAGUACCAGGGCCCCUCAAGUUCUGUUUCUGACUCUGGGUCUGAAUCAAAUUAAAAAUAUUUUAUGGCAUGGUAAGCUACACAAAUGUUGCCACAAUACUUUACUUAAAAAAGACACUCUUGGGUUCUGAAUCAGAGGUAUUGCAUACAGAACCUUUCUGGCUUUGAUCAAGUCACUUAUCUUCUUUGCCUCUGUUUUUUUUUUUUUUAAAUGCUUAAAAAUGGACAGUGUCAACUUAAAAAAAAUUAACUCAUGUGAAUCUGAUCCAUCAGUGUUACGUCCAAGUUCAGUGUAACUAAAAGAGAUAAAGGAAAAGAGAGAGAUCUUUUCUCUCUGUCUUGAACUUCUAAUGGUGCUUUCUGCGCAGUCUCUUUGGUUAUAGUCAGUUUCCCCAGUUGUUUCUGUGAGGCUUUCACACAGCAACAGGAAGGAAAAUAUGUCUGAAAAAAUGGGGAUUAUAUGAUUGUAAAACCGCACAGAUUGCUGUGAGGCUUCAGGACCCGAGUGAGAAAUAGAGCGCAGGGAGUCCUGGCUCCCAGUCCUGAAUUGUACUUUAAAUAUUUUUUAAUUAAUUAGCUUUCAAGUUGAUGGUGGCCUUUUUAAAAAAACAAACGAACAAAAAAAACCACAGAACAAAUCAUGAAUUGUUGGGGUGAUACCAGGAUUGGUAGGCUGGUGAAGGAAGAUUAGGGCAGGCUCCAGAUUGAGAACCACUGGUGACUGAAGUCCUUUGUGUCUCUCCGCAAUAGAUGCAGAAUAGGUAGCAGCAAAUUAAGCUUCUCCAUCUCCUCUUUGACAGUAUGCCUUGCUCUUGGGCAUGAAGAGCUCCCUCUAACAGAGAGAUGGGAGUUCAGUCUCCAUGGUCAAUUAAUAAACUUGGCCUCCGUUGAGACUGCCAACAAAGGGGCCUCAAUUAGCACCAAAUAUGAUGGUUUGCCUUGUGGCCACUCCAUUGGGAACUGGAAUGAAAACCUCAAACUCCCUUCAACCACGGCCACUGAAUUGGUGUCAGAUAGUAAUACCUUCUGGUCAUUACCAACUUGGGCCAGAUUUGAAUUGAAGACCUAUAUAAGUGAUGGGCUCUACAUCCUAUUCCCAGUCCCCUUAGCCAUCUUCAUCACAGCACAGGAGGUUUAGGCUGGACAUAAGGAAAAACUUCCUAAUUGUCAAGUUAGUUAAACACUGGGACGUAUUGCCUAGGGAGGCUGUGGAAUCUCUGUUGUUGGAUGUUUUUAAGAAUAGGUUAGACAAACACCUGUCAGGAAUGGUCUAGUUAUUAUUUAGUCCUGCCUUAAGUGCAAGGGACUGAACUAGAUAACUUUUUGAGAUCCCUUCCAGUCCUACACUUCUCUGAUUCUGUGUUCUAUGCUUUCCUUUUGAUAGAUAGUAGGGUAAUAUUUUUGUUUCUUGCCAUCAAAAACUUCAUAAUGUUUUGGAGCAACUCUAAUUCUGUGCUUUCCUGAUGACAGGUCAAGAAGCCAUUCAGUCCCUGUUUAAUAACCAAAUAAAAUGGCAUCCAAAUGGAUCACACAGGAAACAUUUGAUGAUGUGGUGCAAGAAAACAUCACGGAAUUUGAAAUGGAUCCAGAUGAGGCUGUGAAAGAAGCUGUCCAGCAAUUUGAAUCUCAGGGUGUUGAUCUGAGUACUAUUGUAAAAGCUUCACGGAAACCCACCUCUGAAAAUGGCCAAGAGCAAAAACAUGAAAUUUUGCAGACAUUAGACUCACUCAGGAAAUCCAUCGCUGACUCUGCACUCAGUGAGGUCGGGGAACAUCUAGUGCACUUCAGUGAGCAAUGCAGAGAACAGCUGGCUGCCCGCUACUUGGCUGGGCAGAAAGGUGCCUGCCCUGUGGUGCUGUCUGCCUGCAAGCUGGCCUCAGGAGACAGAAGUGCCAUGCUCAAGGCCCUGCAUGCUUUGUCUGCCCUCACGGAUGGGCAGCCAGACCUGCUCGACUCUGCUGGCCAAGAGCUGUUGCUGCAAACGCUGAAGGAGAACGCAGAUGAUGCUGAAAUGACUCUAGCUGGGAUCCGGUGCAUCCGACACGCCUGUCUGAAACAUGAGCAGAACCGCCAGGAACUGGUGAAAGGUGGCGUCCUGCCAUUGCUGACGGGUGCCAUUGUCCAGCAUGGUGACUGUGCUGGGGUGGUCCGGGAGGCCUCCUCAGCGCUCAGGAUUAUGACAUUUGAUGAUGACAUCCGUGUGCCCUUCGGCCAUGCCCAUGAUCACGCCAAGAUGAUUGUAUCAGAAAACAACGGUUUAAAGAUCCUCAUAGAGGCUGCCAAAGCGUUCACAGACAACUCCAGCGUUCUCCGUGAGCUUUGUGCCACCUUGGCUCGCCUGUCCGUCCGGAACGAGUUCUGUCAAGAGAUUGUGGACCUUGGAGGCCUGAAUUUCAUGGUGGCCCUGCUGGCUGACUGCAUUGACCAUCAGGAGCUGGUGAAGCAGGUGCUGAGCGCCAUUUGGGCCAUCGCAGGGAAUGAUGACGUGAAAGACGCCAUAGUCAACACUGGAGGAACAGACCUCAUUGUGCUGGCUAUGAGCCAUCAUCUUGCCAGCCCUCAGAUCUGUGAGCAGGGCUGUGCAGCCUUGUGCAUGCUGGCCUUGCGCAAGCCAGAGAACUGUAAAGUCAUCAUGGAAGGCGGAGGGGCCCUGGUGGCUCUUCAGGCCAUGAAGGUGCAUCCAAGAGAAGGGGCUGUGCAGAAACAAGCCUGCAUGCUGAUUCGGAACCUGGUCUCCCGGAACCGGGACUUCUCUCAGGCUAUCCUGGAGAUGGGAGCUGAGAACUUGAUUGUGGAGGCUCGUGCGGUGCACCAGGAUUGUGAUGACAUAGCCAAAGCUGCCUUGAGAGACCUUGGCUGUAAAGUGGAGCUCCGAGAGCUGUGGACAGGCCAAAAGGGAAGCCUGGCUCCCUAAACCACUGCCCCCGAGAGCCCUGGAAGCUUGGAACAUCUCGCUAUGCAGCAUCUACAGGCAAACAUGGCAUCAAAUAAUCUGCACUUAAAACUGGCCCCGAGCAGCUGAAGAGAAUUCCUGGCCUGUGGUGUGGGCUGUACUACACAGGGGCAUCUAAGCUGUUGCGGAGAUGGCGUUGUCUGUGUAUAUAGGCUACAGAUACACAGAACUUGUGAUGAUCUACUCUCGCUACAACCUGAUGCGUGGGAAAGACCUACUUCUCCCCUCCCCCCACCCCACCCCCCAUUGCUGUGUGUUACUUAUUUAUAGUAUGGGCUGUUCCCAUGUGUGUGUCCAUGUUGUGAUCCAAAGUCGAUCUCUUCCUGCAGCAGUUUGGCAUCUACCAUUUUAACCAGCCUUAUCCUACCUCCUGACCCCUGCUCUGUGCCCUGGUGGCUAGCCGUCCCAAAUACUAUUUGGGGGAGAUGACACCAACAUAGUGAAUGUCCCAUCCUAUCCCAAUGCUGUUACUAGCAUGCUGUGCAUUGUCUCACUGUGUUGGCUAGAUCCAUUUCCAUCCGAUACAGCAUUUUAAACAAAUGCAAGGUAUUGGCUGGAAACGUCAUGGCCCAGUGUGUCACGUUUAUAAUCGCUGAGCUUCCAGAAAUAAAUGUAAGAUGAUAGGACUGUUCCAAAUGUGUACAAUCAAAUGAUAGGUGUGAGAGAGCUUUGGCGGCCGGGAAAAAAUAGCUUGGUGUGCCCCAGUGUUGUGCCACCAGAGAGCCAGCCACAUUUUGAGCCCUUUGCUGGGAUCACCCGACAUACUCUCCCAGAGCCAAGACUCUUGUAUUGUAGUUACCUGCUCUGACCAACGGGCUAUGGCUCUCUCAGGAGAGGGAAGACACUAGAAUUAGGAGGAAAAAGAGGUGGAAGAAUAUGGCAGUCUGAAAUCUCUUGACCUCUCUCUUACACAUAUGCUAAAUAGCCCCCUCCCUCCCCAACCAAGAGGAAGCAUUUUUGUGAAUCCUCAAUCCUCUUACUCUCUCAGCGGUUGCCAGUUCCGCUCCAGCUGUUCGCUUCCACACUCUGUUCUGUUGCCAUUUGCUUCGUUGUUGAGUAACUAAAUUCAUAUUAUGAAAAACGUAAAGGGUGCUUAGCCCCAGACAAGCCAAUUUGUAAAGGGGAGAGGGGUGUAGAAGAUGACUAAUGCUUUGGGGCAUUUUAAACUGAUUAUGCCAAGUGUGUAAGUAAAUGCUGUUGUAGCCGUGUGAUGUCUGCCUGUAAGGCAGCAAAAGUCUUGACAGCUUUGAAAACCCCAAAGGCACUAAUUCCACGUGCAGUGUGUGUUUGCAAUAAGCUGCCUACAUUCCUUUCUCAGUUGCUUUUCUGGCAAAAGCUGCAUCCAUCUGUCUGUCUCUCUCUGCAAUCUCAGUUCAAUAAACCCUGCCAGACUGCA